AUGGUUGAAGGAAGGCAUAUGAGGAGCCCUGAUUUUGUGAGUGACUGGUUAUAUCUCUCAGUGGACAAAGGAAGGGAUUUGCUCAAGGUUCCUCACGGACUUGGAGUGGUGCCCGUGUUAGUUCAAGUCGCGACCAAACCUCCUUCUGGACCCAAUAAGGACUUUGUUUUUAAUGGCAUUGGCGAAAUUCCUCGAGAUGAUGAUUUUGAUGAACCUUAUGGAGCCGUUUCUUACUUGUACGACAAGGAAUUUGUCUUGGUAACAACAAUGUCGCGUGGAAAUGAUCUUCAUGGAAAGGCAAUAUUAACAAUGAAUAAUAGGUAUUUUGUUGGCCCGAACUCUCAGACAAGUGACGAUUGCUAUGUUCAAAUAUUGGCAUGGAAACCAACCUCUCUGCCUGAGCCUGAUUUUCAUGUUGAUAACAUAUCAGUCAAGUCAGGUUGUUCAAAAGGUUCAGGAUUCAUCUGUUACUAUGAUAAAUCUUUCGAACAUGGAAUUCUUAUGUAUGGAUUCAACAAGACAACAUUCCGAAUAUGGACGGAAAUACAGCUGCUGAACUCCCACUAUCUUUACUAUGCGGGCGAUGGGUCAGGAUUCGGGAUCCAAGUGCAACAUGGAACGCUAGAAAUACUGGCUUGGAAAGAGAUGACCUUAGCACCAACAGAGACAAUUAAUCUGUUUCUGGGGACACAUGCUAAAGAACGUUUUGAUCAGGAAAAGCUCAUGUCGACCGAAACAAGAGGCCACAAUUACUUUGUUCAACUUUGGGCCACCGCUCGAAGUGGGCCGAAUGUUCACUAUCGAUUUCUAGCCAGUGGUUCGAUGGCUUCCACAUCCGAUCCCAAAAUAUCACCAUGCACGUUUGGUGGCAUCGAAUUCGCAUAUUCUGAUACCGCUCUGAGACUCUGGAAGCCAAACAACAGCUUUAAUCGAGCUUCUAUCAUUUGUGUCCCAAACAUUUUUGCUGGCGGAAAAUAUUCACAAAGCUCGAACGAUGCUUUUGCUGUUGCCCAUGUGUGGAUAACUGUGGAUCACAAUUUGCAUGCAGAAUGCAACACAACUCAAGACUGUUUGGAUGGAAAUUCAGCAUGCAGCAAUAAUUUCACAUGUCAAUGCCAAGCAGGGUUUAAGGAAAUCCACCGAGAAGAAAACAUAACGGUUAAAAACAAG